AUGUUGCGUUUUCUAGCUGUCUUUCUGACGAUAUCGUAUGUUCCAGCUGAACUUCAGCAGUUUUUCAAGUAUCGGCCGCGAAAACAAGGCUUCGAAUCCAACAACGUACUGUCUGUUCAAGGACUCACUGGUCCUCCUGACAACGUCACUUUUAAAUUUCAAUUAAACGCGUACAACAGUUAUGGCUGCACAAUAAACAGAUUCUUGACAUUUGAAAAUCACUACAACCCAGACGAUGCAAACGACUGUUACUUAGAGGUCCGAAAUGGUAAUGAUUUUUUUGUUCGAUAACUACAGGGUGUUCCAAGAUUUUUGGGGGAAACUAUGUAUAGCAUUUCAAAGCUCUUUAUAGUGUGUUCAAGCUUCACAUAGGGCUAUGUAGAUACAUAUAUAUAUAUAUAUAUUAUGUAUAUACAGUUGUAGCCAGCCUAUGCUAUCAGAGGCACUCCUGUAUAACAUACAAAACUAUAACAAAAAUUCUGCAUAACAGGCAAUUUUUAAAUCUCUUUUUACCACUACGCUUCGUUAUACAUGCGUUCCAUUAAAUAUUACUAUUAUUAUAUGCAAGCCAACUUUAGAUGGGAACCUGCCAGAUUUUAAGGCGUACCGUUUCGAAGAGUAUCUGCAUCCGAAUUCAGAGUUUGAUUUUAAAGUCAAGUUUGUCGGUGAAACUAGUAUUCAAGUAGUAUUAAAUAACAAGGAGUCUAAAGUGUUAGAGCUUAACUAUGAGUACGCAAACAAUUACGGGAUUCAAGCUGCUUUGGAACGAUUAGACGCAUUGGGCGUUAUAGAAGACGUGACGUUGCCAUACUAUAGUGAGGGCGUUUGGGGCUUUGGUGAGUGGCGUCAAAAUUACCGUACCGUUUGCUACGUUUUUGGUCUUUCCGUUAAGAGGCCUUACGGUACAUAAGAUUCUAUCGUACUUUAGCUCCCACUGUAUUAACUCUAUAGUGCAUUUUCUUAUUUCAGGAGAAACUCUUCAAAUCGUGGCGACAGUGGGUGAUAACAGAUGGAACAUAUAUUUGAUGGACGACGACCAAAACAUUGUGGCUUGUUUUAUUUUUAUGCCCACAUUAAAACGAAUUGCAAUGAGUCAUAUGGAGGAAGAAAUCUUUGUGAACCUGGAACGAUGUGCUCUAACUCAACCCAAGCCAAACACGACCUGGGACAUUAGAAUAUCAUUAUUAGAACAAGGCAUUGCAGCGUCGAUUAACGGCGAACAAUGCUGGAAAAUGUUCCAUCAUCGUGUUACGGACAUGCAACACAAAUACCGAGAGCUGUAUAUUCCACUACAGGAAAAACUUUUUUUAAGUAAGCUUCGUGUCAUCAGCUCGGACGAACGAGGUCACGUAUUUUAA